GCCCAGAGGGCAGAAGCCGGGCAGCGGGCGACGAGGUCGCCGGGGCUGGGAGUGGGUGCGGGGGAGGCGGGCCCCGCGGGACGUGACGCACGGAGCUGGGAGGGCCGGGGCGGGGCAGCGACGCAGGCUGUAUAUAAGGGCGGCGGGCGGGCGCCAAAGCCAGAGCAAGCUGCCUUUGCCCAGAGCUUGGGAGAGCCCGAGCCGAUCCCAGCUUAGCCUAAGCCCAGCCCAAGUGGAACCGGAGCUCCAAGCCCGAGCCGCGCCCAGCCCGAGCAGAGCCCUCCGGCCGCUCACCCGUGCGCCACCCCAGCGCCCCCCGGCGCCUCUCAGUCCUUCUCUCGGCCCCGCGCCCGCCCUCGCGGCCCCUCUGCCCAAUGAAACUGGCCGCGAUGAUCAAGAAGAUGUGCCCGAGCGACUCGGAGCUGAGUAUCCCGGCCAAGAACUGCUAUCGCAUGGUCAUCCUCGGCUCGUCCAAAGUGGGCAAGACGGCCAUCGUGUCGCGCUUCCUCACCGGCCGCUUCGAGGACGCCUACACGCCAACCAUCGAGGACUUCCACCGCAAGUUCUACUCCAUCCGCGGUGAGGUGUACCAGCUUGACAUCCUCGACACGUCCGGCAACCACCCGUUCCCCGCCAUGCGGCGCCUCUCCAUCCUCACAGGAGACGUUUUCAUCCUGGUGUUCAGCCUGGACAACCGCGACUCCUUUGAGGAGGUGCAGCGGCUCAGGCAGCAGAUCCUCGACACCAAGUCUUGCCUCAAGAACAAAACCAAGGAGAACGUGGACGUGCCCCUGGUCAUCUGCGGCAACAAGGGUGACCGGGACUUCUAUCGCGAGGUGGACCAGCGCGAGAUCGAGCAGCUGGUGGGCGACGACCCCCAGCGCUGCGCCUACUUCGAGAUCUCGGCCAAGAAGAACAGCAGCCUGGACCAGAUGUUCCGCGCGCUCUUCGCCAUGGCCAAGCUGCCGAGCGAGAUGAGCCCGGACCUGCACCGCAAGGUCUCCGUGCAGUACUGCGACGUGCUGCACAAGAAGGCGCUGCGGAACAAGAAGCUGCUGCGGGCCGGCAGCGGCGGCGGCGACCCGGGCGACGCCUUCGGCAUCGUGGCACCCUUCGCGCGCCGGCCCAGCGUGCACAGCGAUCUCAUGUACAUCCGCGAGAAGGCCAGCGCCGGCAGCCAGGCCAAGGACAAGGAGCGCUGCAUCAUCAGCUAGGAGCCCCGCCGCGCCGGCGACACAACCUAAGGAGGACCUUUUUGUUUAAAAGUCAAAUCCAGCGGCCCGGCACGCCCCGUGCGCCCCGGGCCGCGAGCGCGAGGACUGGCGUCUCCCCUCCCCGCGAUUCACCCCCAGCACUGGGGAGGCGCCACUGAACCGAGAAGGGUCGGUCAUCUGCUCCGGAAGGAAAGAGAACUGGCCAAGACUGGGACUAUUCCCCCACCCCCGUUCCCCCAUUGGCGCCAGCCACCCCCACAACUUGGGGGGCGAGGGCCCAGCUGAGGGUGGAUUUGUCUUCUCAAAGACCUAAGAGUGAGCGCGGGGUGGGGGGGAUGUGAAGUUAUCCAGCCUCUGUUAGGCUUCAAGAAACCUUCCUGCCCCCUUGCGGGUCAGGACCCACGGGGCAUUAUCUUGUCUGUGAAUCCGGGUUGCCGUGACAGCCGGCAGAGCCUCUGCCCUCCCGAAACUAAGGGGGACGUGGGUCAAAUCAUAGCCAAGUGACUCGUUUACAUGUGAGUGAAACUGCACAAAGGAACACAAAACAAAACUUGCACUUUAACGGUAGUUCCGGUGUCAACAUGGACACGAACAAAACCUUACCCAGGUGUUUAUACUGUGUGUGUGUGUGUUUGAGGUCUUUAAAGUUAUUGCUGUUGUUUUUUAAAUAUACAAUAAAAUAAUUUAAAAUGGAAAA